UUAACCGAGCCAAAACGACACAAAAGUUUCCUCCAACGAUUAAUUACUAAUUAAAACGCAAAAACUCUCUUAGAGAAAACGAAGGAAGCAGACGGCAACGAUGAAGACGACCGAAGUCAUAGUAGCUUUCAUCCUCACACUCUCUCUCUUGUCGUUUCCUUCACUGGGAUUCCAAUCCGAUGAGCUCCUCGUUGACGACGAAGAGUUCGGACUCGAGGGGGCUCCCCAGCCUCGGUCCCCUGAACCCAUUCCAAGCCGAUCCCAACCCGUCACAACUCCGACCCGGAAGAGGCAUUCGGAUCUCGACUCUGAUUCUAAGAUCCAGUUCUCUCUUGACCACGCUUUCGGUGACUCCGAUUUCACUCCCGCUGGCACUUUCUCCGCCCGCCUCAAAACUUGGAGCCAUGGUGGCCAGACACUUACAAAGCUACGAUUUUCAAGGAACAGCUUCACUGAUGAGGAGAAGGAAAAGUUCAAAAAUCUGCUUGAAAGUGAUGACUUCUAUAGGAUAAGACUUCCAUCUAAUGUUUUGAGUCCGCCAGGGAGGGAUUUUAUUAUUUCAUCAGUGAAAGCAAGAUGUCUUCCGAGGGAGGGUUUGGAUGAGCAUUUUGUAAUACACAUGGAGGGUAUAAAUGUUUUGGCAGUCAAUUAUGGUUCCCCUGGGUCAUGCCCAUAUCCUCGGAAUUUGAAACUUCCUGCAAAGUGGUCCUUCAACUCACAUACAGUUUUGAAGAACAGUGAGCAGGCACCAAGAGCUCCUGUCUUUACUGAAGAAAUUCUUGGUGGUGAGAAUGGAGAAGGUGAAGUUGUGCCGCCACCUGAAAGGUCUUUCUGGGCUAAAUACUGGAUGUAUUUGAUCCCUCUGGGACUCAUCGUCAUGAAUGCCAUAACACAAGCAAUGAAUUUGCCUGAGGAACAGGCUGCUGGCCAAGUACCUGCUCAAGGGCAGCCAUCAGGUGGAGCGGUGCAGCGUGGGCCUAGUUCUGCUGUGCGUAGAAGAUGAUGAUAAGGUUGCUAAUGUAUACCCAUUUGGAAGUACACUGGAAAUCCAUUGGGGACAGAGUUGAGAUUCAUUUCUACUAGGGUUCUUCAAUUGCAUGAAGAUCGUUAUGGAUGUUUUAUACUCUCCAUGCUGUAGUGGUAACUCAAGCCAUGUAAUGAGGAAGAUCAGUAAAGGGAAAAUUCCAGGAAAUUCUCUGAUUUUGCAUGAAUAACCAUGCAAUUUUACUUUUAGUCUUAGAAAAAUUAAUCGAGGACAAACAACUUAGUUGGUUUGCCUUUUUCUUUUUCCUCUGAAAUCAGAAAUAUUUUAUGUGAUAAUCCCAUUGAUCAUUGAAUCAUGUCCUAUGUUUUAGUGAUAUGGCAAGAUUUAGGGGUAUUGAUUUUUUUUUCU